CGUCAUCUUCAUGCACCGACUUCCGGGCCAUUCCUCCUUCCAGAAGAAGCGUGUUGAAGAUGGCGGAGAAAACCUCAGUGCCGAGUGAUCUUUACAAAUGCGUGUAUUCAUUCCUGCGGGAUAACAAGUUCGCCAAGGCGGCGGCGCAGUUUCUGAAGCAGACCAAAGUGACUCCACAAGAUGAGAACGAAGAAAACCUCGUUAACAUCUUCAACUUCUGGGUGAAGUCUCCUGAGGCCAAGAAAAGGAAAGCGCCUUCUAAUGAUGGAGCUGCAAGCGCUUCCUCAUCCAAGAAAGCGAAAACCACAACAGAGAGCUCCAGUAGUGAUGACUCAAGCAGCGAGGAUGAAGGAGCUGUUGCAAAACCAACGAAGACAGCCACUGCAGCAGCUACUAAGGUCCCUGCUAAAGCAGCUGCAGCUGCUAAAGCUGCAUCCAGCAGCAGUGAAGACUCCAGUGACUCUGAGGAGGAAAACAAGGCUCCUGCAAAGGCUCCAGUGAAGCAGGUCGCUCCCACUCCUGCUGCAGGAAGCAAAAGAAAAAAGGACAGCAGCUCCAGCAGUGAAGAAUCUGACUCUGAUGAUGCACAGCCUGCAAAAGCCCCUGUGUCAAAAGCCAAACCAGGGGCAGUGACAGAAUCCAAACCAUCUGCUCCUGCUAAAGGUGCCGCAGGGAAAAAAAAGCAGGAGUCCAGCAGCAGUGAAGAUAGUUCCUCUGACUCUGAAGAUGACAAACCAGCUAAGGCUCCAGUCAAAGCUGCUCCAGGCAUAGCCGCUCCAGUCAAAGCUGCUCCAGUCAAAGCCGCUGCAGCUGAAUCGAGCAGUGAAGACUCUUCAUCUGAAGAUGAGGCUCCUCCCAGCAAAAAAAACAAACCUGGAGCGUACAGUGCGGUUCCACCUCCUGCUUCAAUCCAGAAAGCACCAGCUAAACCAGCAGCAAGCAAGGCCAACCCCACUGUGGCCAAAGCCGCUGCAAAGAAGCAGGAAUCAAGCUCAGAUUCAAGCUCCGAUGAAGAGGAGGCAAAGAAGCCACCAGCCAAAGUCACCCCAGCUAAACCUGUACCUGCUAAGGCUGCACCUGCUAAAAAGGACGAUUCAAAUGAAGAUUCAUCAAGUUCAGAGGAUGAAGAGGAGGCAAAGAAACCUGCAGCAAAGGUGACCCCAGCAAAGAAGGUCACAGCUAAACCUGCACCUGCCAAGACCACCCCAGCUAAAAAAGACGAGUCCUCAAGCUCAGACAGCAGCUCUGAAGAUGAGGCUCCUUUGAAGCCUGCCACUAAAACUGCAGCCCCAGCAAAACCUCCUGCUGCAUCCAAACCCCCAAGCAAGGUGGUAGAGAGCAGCUCGGAUUCCUCCUCUGAUGAGGAAGAGCCAGCUAAAGCCAAGCCAGCAGCCAAACCAGCUGCCAAGCCAGCCACCCCAGCUUCAAAGCCUGCUACACCUGCAGCAAAGCCUGCUCCUGCAGCAAAGAGCAGUUCUGACUCCGACUCAUCCUCUGAGGAUGAAGAACCAGUCAAGUCUAAACCUGCAACCCCAGCUUCAAAGCCUGCUACACCUGCAGCAAAGCCUGCUGUAGCAGCAGAGAGUAGCUCAGACUCUUCUUCUGAGGAUGAAGAACCAACAGUAAAAGCCAAGCCAGUAGCAGCUGCUAAACCUGCUACCCCGGCCAAGAAGUCUGUUACACCUACAGCAAAGCCUGCUGCUGCAGCAGAAAGCAGCUCAGACUCAUCUUCUGAGGAUGAAGUACCAAAAGUGAAAGCCAAGCCAGUAGCAGCUGCUAAACCUGCUACCCCAACUUCAAAACCUGCUACACCUGCAGCAAAGCCAGCAGCAGAGAGCAGCUCAGACUCAUCUUCUGAGGAUGAAGAACCACCAGUGAAAGCCAAGCCAGUAACAGCAGCAGCUAAAUCUGCUACCCCGGCCAAGAAGGCUGCUGCAGCAAAGCCAGCAGCAGAGAGCAGCUCAGACUCAUCUUCUGAGGAUGAAGAACCACCAGUGAAAGCCAAGCCAGUAGCUGCUGCAGCUAAACCUGCUACCCCGGCCAAGAAGGCUGCUGCAGCAAAGCCAGCAGCAGAAAGCAGCUCAGACUCAUCUUCUGAGGAUGAAGAACCAACAGUGAAAGCCAAGCCAGUAGCAGCUGCUAAACCUGCUACCCCAACUUCAAAACCUGGUACACCUGCAGCAAAGCCAGCAGCAGAGAGCAGCUCAGACUCAUCUUCUGAGGAUGAAGAACCACCAGUGAAAGCCAAGCCAGUAGCAGCUGCAGCUAAACCUGCUACCCCGGCCAAGAAGGCUGCUACCCCGGCCAAGAAGGCUGCUGCAGCAAAGCCAGCAGCAGAGAGCAGCUCAGACUCAUCUUCUGAGGAUGAAGAACCACCAGUGAAAGCCAAGCCAGUAGCAGCUGCAGCUAAACCUGCUACCCCGGCCAAGAAGGCUGCUACCCCGGCCAAGAAGGCUGCUGCAGCAAAGCCAGCAGCAGAGAGCAGCUCAGACUCAUCUUCUGAGGAUGAAGAACCACCAGUGAAAUCCAAGCCAGUAGCAGCUGCUAAACCUGCUACCCCAACUUCAAAACCUGCUACACCUGCAGCAAAGCCAGCAGCAGAGAGCAGCUCAGACUCAUCUUCUGAGGAUGAAGAACCAUCAGUGAAAGCCAAGCCAGGAGCAGCAGCUAAACCUGCUACCCCGGCCAAGAAGUCUGCUACCCCUGCUAAGAAGCCUGCUACCCCAGCUUCAAAACCUGCUACACCUGCAGCAAAGCCUGCAGCAGAGAGCAGCUCAGAUUCUGACUCUUCUGACGAUGAAGAACCACCAGUGAAAGCUAAGCCAGUAGCAGCGGCUAAACCUGCUACCACAGCAAAAAAGCCUGCUACGCCUGCAUCAAAGCCUGCAGCAGCAGAGAGCAGCUCAGAUUCUGACAGCUCAGCCUCUGAGAAUGAGGCCACCAAACCUGCAGCCAAGAAGCAAGCUCCAGCUAAAGCAGUGGUCCAGAAACCUGCUGCUGCUAAGACUCCUGCUGAAUCCAGUGAUGACAGCUCCAGUGAUGAGGAAGAACCCAAGAAGGUAGCACCGCCACCCAAACCCACACCCACAAAGGCUGCUGCUGCUCCAGCAAAGAAGGCCAAAGAGAGCAGCUCUGAAUCUUCAGAUAGCUCUGACUCCGAGACCAAGGUCACCCCUGCUAAACCUGCAGUCACAAACGGCAAAGCAGCAACACCCAAGACAACCAGUGCAGCAGCCAAGACUCUGGCAAAAAAAGGAGAAUCGUCCAGUGACAGUAGCUCUGAGGAGGAGGAAGAGGCCAAAAGUACAAAAGUGACAAAGGCUCAAAAACCUGCUCCAAAAGCAAAGACAACUCCAGCAGCUAAAGCCAAAGAGAGCAGCAGCUCCUCAGAAAGUUCAUCAGACGAGGAGAAAGCACCCCAAAAAGCAGCCACAGCGCCCACCACUCCCACUGAAAACGGUACCAACGGAAAGAGAAAAAGGGAUGAAGAAUCUUCAGAAAGUGAAGAGGAAGAGACGGAGGUCGUGACACCAAAAAACAAAAAGGCAGCAACUACGCCUCAGACUUUCCCUAAAGCCAACAAAAAGUCUUCCAACGUACCUUUCCGUAGAAUAAGAGAGGAGGACGUUGAUUUGGAUCCCCGUCUUGCAGACAACUCCUUUCACGCAAAGUUUGGAGCCAGAGGGGACUGGGGAGAGAAAGCAAACGAUGUGCUCAAGUUCACAAAAGGCAAGUCAUUCCGCCACGAGAAGACAAAAAAGAAGAGGGGAAGCUACCGCGGCGGUGCCAUCUCCACCACGGUCAACUCUAUUAAGUUUGACAGUGAUUGAGCGCCUCAUCUUCCCGAUUCCUCACACCUGAACUCUGUUGUCCCUGUGUGAUAAAGACUACCGGUUGUCUGGUUCGUCCCUCCACAUCCAGUCUGUCGUUCCCCGCCCAGCCAGUUCAGUGACCAGAGAAAUGAGAAACCGUAAAACCUGAGCCAGCACCAACCGUUUUGUUAGUAGCUGCUCUGGGUUUGUUAUGGAGACAGUCAUCAAACAGUUGUCUGAUGAGGCAACAGGAGAAGGCUGUACCCAACUGUGAAUGCAGACUCUGCCGUUUGACAUCUGCAUGACAUCAUUACACUUAUAGCCACUAGGUGGCUGCACACCACCUGCUGAUGGUAGAAUUCUAGUCUCUGUUGGGCCCUUUUUCAUUUUGAUUUAAUAAUGUAUGUCACGCUUGAAUGAUUUUCUUCUUUUUUUGGGGGGGAGGGGGAGGGGGCAACUUACUUCAUUAUGUGUAUGAAUGACAAACAUCCCAAGUCUACAUUAUGUUUAUGAAAAGGGCUAUUAACUUUAGUGGAUCUGAUUCGAAAUGGUUAGUGGAUCAUGUUUAAAUGGGAGCGGGUGUGUACUCGGGCUUUUUUUCCUUACUUUUACAUACAUACAUCUGAGUAGAGCUGAGUUUUAUACUGUGUAUUUAUUAAGUUUUAUUCCAUUCUGACCUUUAGGACCUCCAUUGCUUGUUCCAAGCUAAUUUCAAGCCAUUUUGCAUUUGUUCAUUGUGACGUUAGGAUGCCCCAGUCAAACCCGUCGUUCCUGUGUUUAUUAUUGGUAUUGAUUUAAUCGUUCAUAAAUUUAACAGCGAUCCAUUAUUUUCUCUCAUUUGAAUUUACUGUAUGUACUUGUAAUUUUUUACUUCUACUUUGUGUAGCUGUAAUUAAAGACCUAAGAAUUCAAA